CAUGGUUAAACCUGUGGCUGUCCAACAUGAAGCUGUCUCUUGCUUUCUUUCUUCUCCUUUCUCUUGUUCUGUUCGUAGAUGUAAGCGAUGGAAGCAGGAAAGAUCAAGGGAAGUAUUGGAAAAAGAUGAUGAAAAAUGAAGAAAUUCCAGAGAUGUUGAAAGAGCUGUUGUUUGAUGAUUCAAUGGUGGAGAAUCAAAAGCAACGGUUUAUGAACAACUUUGAUCCUCAUCCAAAUGCUAUUAUAUACCAUGCUCAUGCUCAUGCUCAUGGCCAUGGGGCUGCUACUCCUAGGCGUAAUAUUGAUAUCAAAUUCAACCCCACCGGUGCCAAUUCAGCACCAUGAUGAUACCCUUCUAAGCCCCAUGUGUGCAUGUCUGCCGGGGGAAGUGUUGUGGUUAAGAAUAACUUACUAGGCUUUUCAUGUUUGUGUAAAUUAAUACAUUUAGUGUGUGGUUUCUUUUGAUGGGUUUUUGGGGUUUGAGGUCUUGGGAUUCUUCUUUCUUUUUGUCUCUUGUGUUUGUAUGAUGAAUUGGGGUUGUUUGUACUC